CCAAACCGAGUAAAAACGCUUCGGCUCCAUGGACGACUCCGCCGGCACGCUUCUUCCGCCCUUGUUCUUUUACCAGACGGAGAAAACACAACGACCGAUUCUUGUUUUCCUUAAAAAAAGUCCAACCUACUCGCUCUCACGCAACCACCACUUUCCGUACUUCCUCCCUGGUUUCGAAUUGAUUCCCACAACCUGUUCCCGACAACCGAGCGGGCGGAGGAACAACCUUCUCUGCCACCAUGGACGGCAACCAAUACCCUCCUCCUCCGCCGCUGUACGGAUAUCCAAAUCCUUAUCCUCCUCCUCCUCCCUAUGACAAUUUCGCAUCACCGCCGCCGGCGGAUCCCUAUCUCUACCAUUUCUCCUCCUUCUCAUCACCUCCACCGCCGUACCCUAUUCCCCAACUCAACCACUCCGGAUCCUCCUACUACCAGGCGCCUCCGCCGCGCUCCUAUCCUCCGCCUCCACCGCCCUCCUACCCUCCGCCACCGCUGCCGCCGAAUAAUUCUUAUGAUCCCCUGCUCAGCUCGCGACCAGAUGCCCCGCCUUAUGUAUUCCCUCACUCUGAUUCCUUCUACCCCAACUCCUCCAGCUUCCAUUACCCUGAUGCCUCUCCCUCAGCCUCCAAUCACCGCCCUUUCGCUUCCCCCUCCGCUCAAUCCUCCUUCUCCUCCUCGUCUUCGUCGAUCUACCCCAUCGAUGACCUCCUCGCCAACGUACGGCUCCAUGAUCAGCCGCCUAGCGCGCCUCUCGAUUCGGCUUCGCCGCUUCCUCAGCCGGGAACCUAUGGAUAUCAGCACCAGUCCUCCUCGGGGAGGUUGUCGUACGAUUCCACUCAGGCCGGUGGGUCACAGCAUGGGGCGAUCGUUCCUUUCUCAGGAUCUUCGCAGGGUGGUGCGUCGCUGAAGGUGCUGCUGCUCCAUGGGAACCUGGAUAUCUGGGUGUACGAGGCGAGGAACCUUCCCAACAUGGACUUGUUCUCUAAGACUGUGACCGACAUGCUCGGGCCGCGGAUAACGAGCGUCGUAAGCGGGAAGGUGGAGCACAUGACCUCGAUAACCAGCGACCCCUAUGUGACCAUAGCAGUGUGUGGUGCAGCAGUCGCCAGGACAUAUGUGUUGAGUAACAGCGAGAAUCCUGUUUGGACGCAGCAUUUUAAUGUCCCAGUAGCGCACCACGCGGCCGAUGUGAAGUUCAUCGUCAAAGACAGUGAUGUCGUUGGGGCGCAGCUCAUUGGCACGGUUUGUGUUCCAGCAGAGGAGAUUUACUCCGGCCAGAAGGUGGAAGGAACUUACCCAAUUCUUGGUCCGAAUGGGAAGCCAUGCAAGCCUGGUGCUGUCUUGCGAUUAUCAAUACAGUAUUUCCCAAUGGACAGUCUCAGCAUUUAUCAUGGCGGAGUUGGUGCGAGUCCUGACCAUGGCGGUGUGCCUUGUACCUAUUUUCCCCUCAGGAAAGGUGGGAAGGUCACACUUUAUCAGGAUGCUCAUGUUCCCGAUGGUUGCCUCCCGAACGUGAUGCUGGGAAAUGGUGCAAAUUACGUGCAUGGAAGGUGCUGGCAUGAUAUAUUUGAUGCAAUAACCCAGGCACGCCGCUUGAUAUACAUUGUUGGUUGGUCAGUUUUCCACACAGUCCGUCUGGUAAGGGAUGCUGAUUAUUCAUCAAUUCCAACGCUAGGAGAUCUACUUAAGUCAAAGUCACAAGAAGGAGUUCGAGUCUUGCUUCUCAUAUGGGAUGAUCCAACAUCAAGGAACGUCCUGGGCUAUCGAACAACUGGCAUAAUGGGAACCCGUGAUGAAGAGACUCGUCGGUUUUUCAAACAUUCUUCAGUGGAAGUGAUACUUUGUCCCCGUUCAGCUGGCAAAAAACAUAGCUUUGUCAAGCAACAGGAAACCGGAACUAUCUACACGCAUCAUCAGAAACAGGUGGUUGUAGAUGUUGAUGCUGGUUAUGGAAAAAGGAAAAUAAUAGCUUUUGUUGGAGGUCUUGAUUUAUGCGGUGGACGAUAUGACACUCCUAUACAUCCUCUAUUCAGGACAUUACAAACACUGCAUAAGGAUGACUAUCACAAUCCUAAUUUUGUGAAUGCUGAUGAGAGUGGCCCAAGAGAACCAUGGCAUGAUUUGCACUCUAGAAUUGAUGGUCCAGCAGCUUACGAUGUUCUCAGAAACUUUGAGGAGCGUUGGUUAAAAGCUUCUAAACACCGUGGGAUUAAAAAAUUGAAAUCACAAGAUGAUAAAUUGCUUAAGAUUGAAAGAAUACCAGAAAUUGUAGGGAUUGCUGAUUCAUUAUACAUGAAUGAUAAUGAUCCAGAGACUUGGCAUGUUCAGAUUUUCCGAUCAGUAGAUUCUAAUUCUGUGAAAGAUUUUCCAAAAGAUCCAAGAGAAGCUACUAUUAAGAACCUCAUUUGUGGGAAGAAUGUACUGAUUGAUAUGAGCAUACAUACAGCUUAUGUACAUGCAAUUCGAUCUGCACAACACUUCAUUUACAUCGAGAAUCAGUACUUCCUUGGUUCAUCUUUUAAUUGGGAUUCAAACAAAAGUCUAGGUGCUAAUAAUUUGAUACCUAUUGAAAUUGCCCUUAAGAUAGCAGACAAAAUCAAAGCAAAUCAGAGGUUCUCUGUAUAUAUUGUCAUUCCUAUGUGGCCUGAGGGUAAUCCAACUGGUGCUGCUACACAAAGGAUUCUUUUUUGGCAGAACAAGACUAUGCAAAUGAUGUAUGAAACCAUCUACACAGCCUUAAAAGAAGUUGGGCUGGAGAAUACUUAUGAGCCGCAAGAUUAUUUGAACUUCUUCUGCCUUGGUAAUCGUGAAGCUAUAGAUCUUAGCAACUCAAAUCCCAAAGCAGAAGCUUCUCCUCAAGCUCUUGCUAAGAAGAAUAGACGCUUCAUGAUCUACGUGCACUCAAAGGGUAUGAUAGUGGAUGAUGAAUACUUGAUCUUGGGAUCAGCAAAUAUCAAUCAGAGAUCACUAGAAGGUACCAGGGACACUGAGAUUGCAAUGGGAGCAUACCAGCCCCAGCAUACAUGGGCAAGGUGGCCUUCUGGUCCUCGUGGACAGAUUUUUGGGUACAGAAUGUCACUUUGGGCUGAGCACACUGGAACCAUUGAGGAAUGCUUUACCCAUCCAGAGAGCCUUGAGUGUAUGAGACGUGUUCGUAAUAUUGGUCAUAUGAAUUGGAUGCAGUAUGUGGCUGAUGACGUAACAGAAAUGAGGGGCCACCUAUUAAAGUAUCCAGUUGAUGUUGAUAGGAAUGGCAAGGUGAAGCCCAUUCCAGGAUAUGAAAAAUUUCCCGAUAUUGGGGGAAACAUCUGUGGAUCAUUUGUUGCCAUUCAAGAGAAUCUUACCAUAUAAGUUCUUCACUAUCAUCCUGAUGAAUGUUUUUCAGCACUGCUUCAUUAAAGAAUAAGGGACCUUCACUUGUGAUUGCUGUACAGCAGAUAGUUUGAAUCGUUGAAGUUCUGACUGAUCACUUGUACCAUAUGGCCAACCACCACUCUAUUUCAGGAAUGACAAGCCCUUGCAGUUGGCGGAUACUGCAGAAGGUUUGGCUAAUAAACUUCGAUCUUGUGUAUUCUGUAAUUUUAUGGAGACUACUCCAGGACGAUUCUUAAUUUUAUAAACUGCUCAAAUACAUCCACCUCCCUCGAUAAGUCAAAUUUUCAGUACUUUUUGCCAAAUAUUUGGGCUUCAGGUUU